UCAACACACGUCAAUAACAAAGAACUUUGAGAAUUUAUUAAUUUAGUUUAAUUAGCUGCAUGUAUCUCCACUUAUUCCAACAUAAGCUUAUAUAUACAUCUUUUCCAUGCAUUCUACUUGUAUCUUAAUCAACAACAAUGGUGUUUAUCUUUCCCUUAUUCAUUUUGUUAGCUGUCAUUCUUCCAACAUGGUAUUUAAUAUCACCUUCAAAAACCCUAAAAAAACAACCACCUUCUCCGGUGAAGCUUCCAAUCAUCGGAAACCUCCACCAACUAGGUGCAAGCCCACACCGGUCUCUCCAAGCUUUAGCCAAGAUUCAUGGUCCUCUCAUGCUGCUUCAUUUUGGCCGUGUGCCGGUUCUUGUUGCCUCUUCUGCUGAUGCAUCUAAAGAAAUCAUGAAAACUCAUGAUUUAAUCUUUGCAAAUCGCGCGAAAUCAAGCGUCCCAAGCAUACUUUCUUACAAUGCUAGGGACAUUGCAUUUGCAGAUUAUGGAGAGUAUUGGAGACAGAUUAAAAGCAUUGCUGUUCUCCAACUUCUAAGCCAAAAAAGAGUUCAAUCGUUUCGUCGAAUGAGAGAAGAAGAGACGGAUAUUCUUGUUGAGAGGAUCAAGGAGAUUAGUUGUUCUUCUUCUUCUCCGGUUGUUAAUUUAAGUGAGUUAAUAAUGUCUUUGACAAAUGCUGUGAUUUGUAGGGCGGCAUUGGGUAGGAAGCAUGGUGGUGAGAAGUUUAAAGAGUUGUUUGCUCACUUUGUUGAGUUACUUGGUGUUUUUAGCGUUGGCGAUUACCUCCCAUGGUUGUCGUGGGUAGAUCGUUUAAACGGAUAUGAUGUUAGAGCGGUGAAAAUUGCUGCAGAGUUUGAUGCGUUUCUUGAAGGCGUUAUUGAGGAGCAUGUUGAACGGAAAAAAAGAGCAUCGGGUGGUGGCAACGGUGGUGGUGAUGGUGAUGAGGAGGAGGAGAAAGAUUUUGUGGACAUUUUACUUGAAAUCGAGAACCAAAAGGAUGCGAGUUUUGUUCUUGAUCGAGAUGCCGUUAAAGCUCUUAUCCUGGAUGUGUUCACUGGUGGGACUGAUUCAACUUAUGCAACUCUAGAGUGGGAACUCAGUGAGUUGAUACGAAACCCACACGCAAUGAAAAAACUGCAAGAAGAAGUACGAGAAGUAGCCAAAGGAAAACCAAAGAUCACCGAGGACGACUUAGAUCAAAUGCACUAUUUAAAAGCCGUUGUAAAAGAAACUUUCCGAAUGCACAUGCCACUCCCACUGCUUGUUCCUCGUGAAUCAACCAGUGAUGUUAAAGUAAUGGGAUACAAUAUUUCAUCUGGGACACAAGUUAUCAUCAACGCAUGGGCUGUUGGGCGAGACCCGUCUUUAUGGGACAACCCUGACGAGUUUCGUCCCGAAAGGUUUUUGGAUAGUUCUGUUGAUUAUAGAGGGUUUAAUUUUGAGUUGACACCGUUUGGCGCAGGCCGAAGGAAAUGCCCUGGAAUCCAGUUUGCAAUGAAUGUUAAUGAGCUUGUGAUAGCUAGUUUGGUUCAUAAGUUUGAUUUUGGGUUACCAGAUGGCCAAAAAGGGGAAGAUCUAGACAUGAGUGAGACUACUGGGAUCACAAUUCAUAAGAAAUUACCUUUACUAGUGGUGGCAACUCCAUAUAAGUGAGUACUUUAUUAGGGUUUUCAGCACCCACAUGUUGGUUUAUGUGUCUUUUCUAUUCAGUUGCUUAUAUAUUGUGAAAAAAAACCUAAUGGAUUUUUCAUGGAAGGUUAUGUAUGCAUUUCAAAGUGGAAGAUGUUGUUGUGUCAUCUCUUGUAUCAUAUAUGUAAGGUUUAAAAUGUUUUGUAUGAUCAUUUAACUAUUACAUUAUGAUAGAUACAUAAUGAAAGUAA